ACAGUUUCUGCCAGCUUGUCUGUAGGCUGGACCACAGGUAUAUCUAUUGACAAUUUAGGCCUAAUUCAUCACAUUUGUUCUUAAUUCACCGGAUCCGGUAGCCUUUAGCCGGCAUAAUCAGUAUUCAGAUAAGGGACGAUUGUGUGCACACGUAGUUUGGUGGGAUAUUUGUUCUGGGAUAGGUGUGGACUACUGAGCUGCGCAAGUUAGUAGGCUAGUUGUUCAUAAGAAGGACUCGACGCAUUUCUUUGGUCUGACAACAAUCGCAACCAGGCGAACUGAAGCUGAAGGAAGUCCCCCCCCCCCCCCCCCCCCCCCCCCCCCCCUGGCGUCGCAGAAACUUGCUUCAAAAAAUUGAUUUACGCACCUAGCACUUUUUAAGAAAGUUCGGGGACUUCACCUGUGGAAGCAGCAAGAGCGCAGGGUUCAGGAUGAUCCCAGUGACUGAGUUCAGGAACUUUGCCUCAGAUCAGAAUCCCCGCUAUCGGGUUCUGAAGCCAUGGUGGGAUGUGUUUUCAGAGUACCUGUGCAUUUCCAUGCUCAUGAUUGGAGUCUUUGGAUGUACCUUACAGCUGACACAGGAGAAGAUCUCCUGCCUCCCCAGCCACUUGUCCAGCCCCACCCCUGAGGCCAUUGACUGUAGCUAUAUCCGUGGGUACCGGGAGAAUGAGACACAGGAGCACACUCAUGUCGCACCCCACGACACUAUCAUACGCGAGGUAUCUGGACGCAAGAACAACCUGGAUAUUCACCAGUACGUGUUUGUCAAUCACUACUGCUACGAGCGGGCAGUCCACUGGUACGGCAAGUAUUUCCCUUACCUGGUGGUCAUCCACACCAUGAUCUUCAUGGUGGCCAGCAGCUUCUGGUUCAAGUUCCCUGGAACAUCGUCCAAGAUCGAGCUCUUCGUCACCAUCCUCGGGAAGUGUUUCGACUCGCCCUGGACCACACGGGCACUCAGCGAGGUGUCGGAGGAGCGUGGCGAGGAGAACAUGGUCAUCUGGAGGAAGAACACCAUGUCAAAGUCACCCGACAAGUCGUCGACAGAGGAGGAAACGGUGGGACUUCUUCACCGUUCUUCCUCGGUGAAAUCCAACCCGGAGAAGGUGAACCCGGAACCACAACCAGACGCUUCUCUGCUCGACAAGAAGGAAGGGGAGCAGGCCAAGGCUCUGUUUGAGAAGGUCAAGAAGUUCAGGACUCACGUGGAGGAGGCGGACCUCCUUUACUUGAUGUAUGUGUUACAGACGUCCAUCAAGGUCUUCCAGUUUCUCUUGAUCACCAUCUAUAGCGCUGUCCUGGUGCCCAACAUCGAGAUAAUAGUUCAGUGCUUGGUUCCUCCAGAUUUGACUGGAUUUGAUAUCUUCUGCUGUAACCACAAUAAAGCCCAUAUCUUUUCCAAGUUAGCCUACUGCUACAUCUGCUUCGUCGGGGUCUACGGACUUCUAUGCAUCUAUAAGCUCUAUUGGCUAUUCCAUCGACCCCUUAAGGAGUACUCUUUUGAACAUGUCAGAUUAGAGACGGGCAUCAACGACAUUCCGGAUGUGAAAAACGACUUUGCGUUCCUGUUGCACCUCAGCGAUCAGUAUGAUGCCCUUUACUCCAAACGCUUUGCCGUCUUUCUAUCAGAAGUCAGCGAAAGCCGGCUUCGCCAGGUCAACCUCAACCAUGAGUGGACUGCCAAGAAGCUCCGCACCCGUCUUGCCCGGAACGUGAGCAACCGUCUUGAACUCCACCUCUUAAUGCUACCGGGGCUUCCGGAAACUAUUUUCGAGGUUCCCGAGGUGGAAUCCCUGAAACUCGAACUUUUGACAAAUGUCACUAUUUCCUCCAAUGUGGUUCAGUUAGGUAAUCUCCAGGAGCUAGCGCUGAUCCACUGUCCUGCUAAGCUCCAAUUAGCCGCCCUGAACCACCUGAAGGAGCAACUAAAGGUUCUCCGACUGGCCGUUGAGGGUCUGGAGCAGGUGCCCAUGUGGAUGUACACCCUACAGAGCCUGGAGGAGCUGCACCUGAGUGGACCCCUGACCAACGAGAUCUCCCGCAGCGCCUCGCUCGAUUCCCUCCGAGAGCUCAAAGCCCUCCGAGUCCUCACCUUCCGCAGCCACCUCACCAAGAUCCCGCCUGGCGUGGCGGACGUGGCUUUGCAGCUCCACAAGCUCGCCGUCUACAACGAAGGCUGCAAACUCCAAGCCUUCAGCAGUCUCAAGAAACUGACCAACCUGGCCUCCUUGGAGCUGGUGGCCUGUGUGCUGGAGCGCAUCCCCAGCGCUGUAUUCAGCCUGUCCAGCCUGCAGGAGCUGGACCUGAGGGACAACAAGUUGACCACCGUGGAGGAGAUCCUCAGCCUGCAGCAUUGCCGACGCCUGGUGACACUGCGCCUUUGGCACAACAGCAUCAGCUACAUACCGGAGCACAUCAGCAAGCUGCGCUCCCUCGAGGUGCUGGAUGUCAGCUGGAACAAGCUCAACAAGGUGCCCUCCAGGCUCUUCUACUGCACCAAGCUCAGGCACCUAGACCUCUCCCACAACCAGCUCACCUCCCUCCCCCCCGAAGUGGGCAUCCUCCAGAGCCUACAGCACCUCUCAGCGUCUUUUAACUCCCUAGUGUCCCUUCCAGAAGAACUCUUCUCCUGCAAAAGGCUUAAAACCUUGGCUUUGGGAAACAACCACCUGCACUCUCUGAGUCCCAGGGUGGCCAACUUGGCCCAGCUUGUUCGCCUGGAGCUCAAAGGAAAUCGCCUGGAGUGUUUACCCCAGGAGAUUGGAGACUGCCCAUUACUCAAGCUCAUUGCUGUGGUUGUUGAAGAAAACUUAGUUGAUUUGCUACCCUCAGAUAUACGAAGUAGGAUGACCAACAGUUGAGGGAUGGACAGGAUAGAUUGAAAGUGAAUGCUGACAUUGGGUGGUGUGUGGAAUACUGUGUUCCUCUUCUUGGCUUUUGAAGACUUCCAAACCAGAAGUUCAAAUGGGAUGAAGCAACAUCAAAGACAUUUACAGAAUGAGAGGAGAAGUGAAGAAGGGCUUUCUUAACCUUUGUGCUGACUUUGACUAUGUCACAUGACCCAAAGGUUCACAACGAACCAUCGUAGUGUUUACCCAAUUUUACCCAAUACAAUUUUUAAAAAAAGCAUUUUCUUUUAUCCUUCG